AUGUACGCAGAGAACCGAGAGUCAAAAGAGUCAGAGAAUGAUGAAAGAGAAUCCAUUACACAUAGAGAUUCACCAAUACCUACAAGGUCAUCACUUGUGCAAAAUCCGGUAGAUUAUCUGGAAUAUCUUGCAGCGCAAGAAGAAUACGCACCACCACAAGCUUCAGAACAUGAUCUUGGACUUUCAGAUAAUCAGUAUCAACCUAUCGAGUUAUCUUCACCAUUUAGCCAACAUCCGACAUACCUGUCAAAUCUAGGGAUGACAGAACAAUAUAUAACACAAUCAUAUAUACCGCAAGAUAUAGAAACAUCAUCACCUUUAUCUCCUUUAGAUGAGGUUCAGAACAAAAUGGUUGAUUUACAAACAGUUCCUUCACAUCAAAUAACAAUAUAUACUCAUAAUCCACAAUUUCAAAAUGCUACUAUUAAAAUGACUGAAGUUGCGACACAUUCAUUAUCACAAGAAAGUAUAGACCCAUCAUUAUUAACAUCACCAGGUGUAACGAUGACAAGAAACAAAUCGAGAAUUAAAAAUCCGACAAUUGAAAAUAUACCACGAAGAUCAAGUUACACUGCUCAAAUACAGACGAGUGAUACUCCUCUUAGGCAAGAAUUUAGAAAAAAUGACAUAUCCACUUCGUUUUUAAGGAGUAGCACUGGUAACAGUAAUUCAAUAUUACAAACGGAAAUAAGAGCUGCUCAUGGUGACCCAGAUGACCCCUUAUUAAAUUAUCAAAAUAGACCUAAAAAUUUCAAUUUUACCACUCGAUCUGUUCCUUUCCCCCAGCAACUUGAUCCUCAUUAUCAUCAUCAAUUGCAAAAUAAUGCCAAUGAAGAUCCUAAAUCUCCUGUUUCUCCUCGCGUGAAAGCGGCGAGUCCACUACCUGAUUCAUAUAAAAAUGGUUAUAAACCAAAGGGUUUAAUCAUUUGCCUCUGUUUUAGUAUUGUUGCUGGAAUAAUAUUUACUUGUAUGUAG